AUGUCCAAGACAGCGCAGAAACGCUUGAUGAAGGAGCUGCAGCAGCUGCUGCGCGACAGCCCGGACGGGAUUGUCGCGGGCCCGGUCUCAGAGGACAACUUGUUUUUGUGGGACUGUCUGAUCGAGGGCCCUGCAGACUCGCCGUAUGAGGGCGGGGUGUUCAACGCGCGGCUGCAGUUCCCGCGGGACUACCCGCUGUCGCCGCCGAAGCUCACGUUCACGCCCAGCAUCCUGCACCCGAACGUGUACCCCAACGGCGAGGUGUGCAUUUCGAUCCUGCACGCGCCGGGCGAGGACCCCAACAUGUAUGAGGAGGCCAGCGAGCGCUGGUCGCCGGUGCAGAGCGUGGAGAAGAUCCUGCUUAGCGUGAUGAGCAUGCUGAGCGAGCCGAACGUGGAGUCGGGCGCAAACAUCGACGCCUGUAUCCUGUGGCGCGACAACCGCGCGGACUUCGAGCGCCAAGUGCAGGAGUCUGUCCGGCGCUCGCUGGGCCUGUAG